AUGUCCGAGCCUGUUGAUAUUGCACCACCAGUAGUUGUGGAGUCACCUGCAGAAGAAGAUCAAAUUGUUAAACAGCCCGUACUUUCUCCAGCGCCAGUGCCCACAACAUCGCCUUGGAAAGCGGUUCCCGUCGUCAGCUCAACUCCCAUUCAACAAAGCAAUGGCUCUAGCAAAUGGCCAUCGGCUCACGAGGCCGUGGGGAAGCUAGAGAAACGCGAUAAACCGGCCGCUCAGGCUCCCGUCGUGAAGUCGACGGGUAAAGAGAAAUGGGUGCCCAUGAAGGCGUCUAUCGUCGUCUCUGGCUCUAAAAAGUUUGGUAGCACUAGCAAUGGUAGCAGUGUUGGCAGUAAUGCCGGCGCCAGAAAAGGACAAGCUGGUAAAAAACCUCGCAGGACCGCCAGUACCACCGGCGCCGCCACUGCCAGAACCAAGAAAUCCUCUCCGGUCGCCAAGGAAGACGCUAAACAGGACUCAUCUUCUGGUUCCCAAGUAGCGGUUGAUGACGAAAGCAGAGAUUCCGAUGCUGACUUCGGUAGCACAGAUGUCGUGGCACCUGCAGACGUGGACAAUGCUUCUGAAAAUUUGUCUACAGAAGUAUCAAAGUCCUCUGAGCUUUCACAAGCUCAGUCCGGCAAUGACUCAGACCAUUCGUCCAAUAUCCAUCAACAGAAUACAGAUGGAUUUCAAAGAGGGGCACAGGUUCAGGGCCAAAACAAUGGAUACCCAAGAAGACGUUUUAACCAAGGCCAUCACGGCGAUAAUAACGGCUCUUUCAAGCCUCAUCAGCCUCACUCACAAUACCCAGCUAAACAAGCGUACGGAUCAUUUCGUCAUCAGCAAACGAACCGUCCUUUCAGUCCAGGUUAUCGCCAAAAAUCAAAUCAAAGAAAUGGGCCCAACGGGUUUUACAAUCCUCAACCCCCACAUCCAUUUGUUGCUGUCAACAACAUUGCCAGGCAAAUUGAGUACUACUUUAGCAUUGAAAAUCUGACUAAGGACGAAUAUCUACGUUCACAAUUAAAUGCUGAAGGAUUUGCUCCACUGUCGCUCAUUACUAAGUUUUACCGAAUUGUUAACAUGUCGUUCGGCGGCGAUGAAUCCUUGAUAAUGGGGGCUUUGAGAGAAAUUGUUGCCAACGAAAAUGCUACUGUGGAUGUUGCAGAAUUGGAACAAGACGAAAUUGAGAACAACGUUGCCAAAUACCUCGUGCGCUCUAAAAGCUGGCAACAGUGGGUUACGAAAGAUGAAGCUCAACAAACAACUGAACCAGAAUCUAGCAACCAAAAGAUUCUUGCUAAUGACGACCUCGACUCUUUCCGCAUCCAACCUCCGGUCUUUGAAUCAUCCCCAAUGGAACAUCAGCAUUCUAAUACAGAACAAAAUACCGAAACUGAAGAGUGA